AUGUCAAAGGCAGCUGUCAACGUCCCCACGGACGUCAAAAUCAAGGAGAAGGAUGUCAAUGCCAAGCUCCAACUUUACGGCAUCUACGCCGCCUUCGCCAAUGGCAAGGCCCCGUCCAACACUCAGAUCGACCGCGCCCUGAACACUGCGCUCGAGUGGCAGUAUCUUCAGAAGCCAAGCACCAAGCUCUCAGCGGACGGCCAGAAGCUCGUCGCUGAUCUGCGCGACGUGAUCGAGAAGUCCAAGGAGCUUCUUCUCUCCAAGAACGAAGGCAACGUCCUCCAAGACUUCAUCUGGCAAACGCAGCAGAUUGGCUCAGGUGACGCGAAGGGAGUCAAUGUGCCAGUCGACAAGGACACCGCCAAGCAACACGGCAACCAGGCUCUCGAGGGUCUUCGUGUUCUCGGUCAGUUGAUCAUCACCAAUGGCCAAUUCCGCAAGUUGCUCAACGAUGCCGUUGUGCUUUUGCGAGACAUUGCUGGAGACGCUGCUCAAAAGGCCGCCUCCAAGGUCAACCCAGACGAGGAGGCGCUUGCGAACAUCGAUCAACCAGCUGAGGACAACACCUGGCAUGACGCCCCUGAUCUCUCGAAGGAGAAUAUCAAGAAGCAAAUCCAGUCGCAGGUGCCCAUUGGCAAGAAGGACGUCCAGGAUGCCGCCGCAGAUGCUUCUGGCGCUGCUCAUCCAGACGGUUCGCGCGAUCCAGCCGAUGCCGCUGCUCUGGCUGCACAAGAUCAACAGCAAGGUACCGCUUCUGGCGUCGACGCCCGUACAGGUGCUGUCGCUGGUGCUGGCACCCUCAAGGAUCGCGUCUCACAGAACACGGACGAGGACCAGAAGCAGAAGGCCCGCGAAUACCGUGAGCGAACCCGCGAGUACUUCAAGAACAAGGUGCCAAAGGAGCGCCGUGAGCAGGUCAUCUUCCGCCUCAAGAAGAUGGUCGUCGAGAUCCAGGGCCAUGAAGACUACCAACAGGCCAUUGAGACCCUGCUACGCUUGGCCGAGGAAUAUACUGGCCACACUAAGAACGUCGCCUCCCAGAGCCAAGGAGCCGUCAAAGGUGCCCGCAACCAGGAUUCGUUGAGUACUGCUGAAGCUGACCUACGGAUUUUGCUUGAGCGCUUUGCGAACUCGACUUCGUUCGACGAUCUCUUCGAUGCCAUCAACCAGAUCUACACGGAUGCCGACAGAGACCCAGAGUUGAGGCGAUUCUUCACCGACUCAGACCGAUACAUUCGCAAGUGCCUUCAAGAGCAGGGAUACAUUCUCCAAGAGGAGUCGAAUGAGGAGUGGAAUCGUCUCUAUGACAGAGGAAACUUCCUCCUGAGGGAGCGAUACCGUGAUCACACCGAUCGCAUCGUCGACGAGGUCAAAUUCCUCGCUGAGCAGUUCGAUCAAGACCCGCAGAACAAGGCCUUUGCCCAGUCAAUGGACAAGUUGUUCAAGGAUCUUGGCAACGAUGCCGACGGAAAGGCCGAGUUUAAGCCUCACUUGAUCAAGGAUCUGACUGAGGUACUCCUGCCGGCGUUCUUCGAGCACAUCCGCUACGUCCCAAUUCCGAGAAUUGAGUUCUCGGACAGCCAGAUCGACGCUGUGGUCGAGAACCUCGUCAUCGAGGGAGACAACCUGGCACCUAACCAGCUCGAAUUCGGUAGCGACAACUACUGGAAGUGGGGCCGUAAGGGUGUACAGAGCAAGAAUAAGAACAAGGUCAUGCUGUCCGUGUCUGGCAUUCAGAUGGACCUCAAGGACGUAUCGUACUACGUCAAGAAGAAGCAGGGCUUCCCUGGCAUCACCGACAAGGGUGUCGUCGACAUCUUCCUGGGCGGCACUGGCCUCAGCUUCAAGGUGGCGAUGGAGACUGCCGACAAGAGCGACAAGAACCACUUCUUUAAGAUCACGGCCGUCAAUGUUGACAUCAAGAACAUGGCGAUCAAGGUCAAGCAGUCAAACCACAAGCUCCUGUUCGGUCUCUUCAAAUCCUUGGCGCUCAGAGUCCUUCGCCCAGUCAUCCAGAAGGCAGUUGAGAAACAGGUUCGCGACAACGUGCACCAGCUGGAUGCUCUUCUUUUCUCCGUCAAGAAGGAGGCCGACCGUGCCGCUGAGGAGGCCAAGAACAACCCAGAUCCCGAGAAUCUGGAGAACAUCUACCAGCGCUAUUUCAACGCGUUCCAGCGCGAGAUCCAGAAAGGACAGAAGAAGAAGGAGCAGAUCCAGGAGAAGGCCGCAGACACCAAGGUAAACGUCGCAGUGACCCAGAACGACAGUAUUUUCAAGAAUAUCUCGCUGCCAGGCGGCAUCUCGACCAAGGCUACCGAGUACAAGGAGUUGGCUGCCAAGGGCGAGAAGUGGGAGUCCCCAGUCUUCUCCAUUGGUACUGCCAAGGAGUCCACGAACUUGCCUAAGGUCUCAGAGCCACGCCGCAAGCCGCACAACGCCACUCCAGGUGGCCUGCGUGGGCCUGGUGCUGCUCCCAUCGAUGGCAAGCCAACUACCAACGGCUUUGCCAACCAGGUGGACAAUGCCUUCCAGGCUGCUGACCCAAACAAUACCACCCUCGGCCGUGGUAACCCAGUCCUCCAAGGACAGGUCUAA